AUGUCGUUCCUAUUGCCACCCACUAUUGCUCUGAAAUCAUCACAGUUCAACUAUUACUUGAACUACAGCAAUGAUUCUGAUUCCGAGAACCAUGGCUUUCUCAAAUUCAAUGGAGCGAAUGUCUUCAGCUCGUUAGCAAAGUUCCAAGUGGUGACCGCCAAUACUGGGACGGGACUCGUACAUAUAAGAUGCUGUCACAACAAAAAGUUCCUGCGAAUGAGAACUGAAGGCGAUGUCCACCUUUCUCCGGAGGCUGACGAACCAGAGGAGGACCAAUCCAAAUGGUCGUGUACACUAUUUGAACCUCGACUAGCUGCUGAUGGCAACCCCGACAAGGCCCGGUUGUUCCAUGUCCAAUCAAAAAAAUAUGCAACAGCAUGGGACGAAGGUGGAAAAAAGUUCUCGAGACUACAUGCCGAUCAGAUUGAUCAGGGUACCUUUGAGAUCAUUGACUUGGAGUCACUGGUGAUAUUGCCAAAGCAUGUGGCCUUCAAAGCCGGCAACAACCUUUACCUUCGGCAUGCGGACAGUAAUCAGCUCAGGUUCAUGUCCACCGAUAAGGGGGUUCCUGAGUCGUGGUUCGAAGUGUCCACCGAUGGCGAUGGAAGGGUGAAAAUCAAGGUGUUCAACAGCUUGAGCAACAACUACCUGAGGUUCAGCGAUGCAACCUACGGCAACUGCGUUUUUGCUGAUGGAAACUCCAACGGCUGCCCACCUCCAACCUUGUUUUGGCCAGUCAAGGUCGACAAUAGUACGGUCGCUCUCAAAUGCUUGAGCAACGAUAAAUUUUGCACCCGACACACCGGUUAUAUACAAGACGGUCUGAACGUGAACGAGACUAGUACUACCAUUUCAAACUUGUCACGCUUCAGGCUGGAAGAGCUUGUUCUCUCUAGGAGAAUAUACAAUACCGACUUCGACCUUAAGAAUGCCAUAAUCUACGGCGAGACCCCGGUCACCAUGGCCACUGCAAAUGCCACCAACAACACCUCAGUAGCCAACACUGUGGAAUUCAAGUUUGCUUACACGGAAAGUAAGAGCUGUAUGUGGAGUGCCAGCCACUCGUGGAUGGUGGGCGUGAGUGCCACCGUUGACUUCAAAGUUCCGUUCAUCGGCGGUACUGAGGUCACUGUUUCCGCAGAAUAUUCCGGUUCAUACGAGUGGGGAGAGACAAUUACAUCCGAAAACACAUUGGAGACCACCUACACGGUUACAGUGCCGGCACACACUUCUAUAUCUGUGAGCCUGAUGGCAACCAAGGGAAAAUGCGACGUGCCUUACUCGUAUUAUCAACGGGACGUGCUUUAUAACGGUAAAACUGUUGUCUAUAAGAAAGAUGAUGGGCUGUACACGGGUGUUAAUUCAUACAACUUCCGUUACGUGGUUACUACACAGAAAGAGCCGGAUUCUACAGCUGCUGAUUCAUCGCCUUCUGAGCAGUGGUUGCCGGAUCCAUCAAUCUUCCCAUCAAAACAACAAAAGAUACCUCUACCCGUGCCAUUUGGAUCAACCACAAUGCAAAGCCCAGUGACCUCAACCACCGCCCCGAAAAAAGAGUUGUCAAUGAAGAUACAGCAGCUCGAUCUGCCAUGA